CAACCUGCAAUUGGAAUUGACUCUGUAAUUCAAACAAACUGAAGCCAAAGUCUACUGGACCUUUUUAAAAUACAAACAAUACAAAAGGCAGUAGGCAUUUACCAAUAUAUAAAGGCACAAAAUGGAGAAACCUAUGCAACAUGCACUUGCACCGGCGCCUGUCGGUAAAGUAUCCCAAAUAGCCAACAUUUUCCAACGGAAGCCGAUAGAAAUCCAACCCGUGGAGCAGCUAAGCGCUGUGGCUGCUGCUCAUGCGGCUGCUGCUGCCGCCGCUCAUCCGCCAGCGCGUACUGAAUCCCACUCAGCGCGGUUUAAUAACGCGAGAGCUCUCUUCGAGAAAUUGGGGGUAGAGUCCAGCUCCAAUGUGAGUGCGCGCCUCUUGCGCAGUAGUUCGCGCGAGGACAACAUAUGUGACGGCUCGGAUCGAUCUUCGUCACGCUCAUCUGACCGCUCGCAGUCGCCACCUAAGCGACGCAUGCCCUUCCCGUCUGGUGUCUCGCUCGUUCAAAACAAUAACAACGCCGUCCCAGCACAGCCGCUGAACGGAGUCGAGCGUCUCAGCAAGUUUAUUGUGGAACCAACAGCAGCGGUUGUGGUCACCAAACAUCCGCAGCCCAAUAUAACGCGAUUCAAAUCAGAAGAGACGAGCGCUGCCACAGUGCAAGCGCCAGUGCCCACCGUUGGGUCUGUUAGCGCGCUCUUUGCCAGCACUGCCGUUGCCGACAAGCCGGAGAAGCCGGAACGUAAAUUCAAUUCACGUGAAUUGAUUGAGAAGCAAAAGAAGUGGACUUCCCACUUUACUAAGACCAAGCCGACGCGCGCCCACAGCGAUCUGAAUCGUUGCGAUAUCAUUCGCACCGUUCCAGGCACAGGACUUAUCAUGGAUGGCGAAAAGAUGCCCAGGGUUAUGGCCACAGGGGAAACGCCCGGUGCCGCGUUGCGUCAACAUACUACGCCCCCGCCUACAGCCAUACCGCCCGAAAUAAAGCCGCGCAUCGGCAAGAUCGGCAGUCCGGUCAAGUCGCCACCGUUGCCACCCAUCCCAGCAGUCAAGCCAAAAAACGUCAGUCCCGUCAAGUUUAAUGUGCGCUCGCCCACAAAAUGCCCCAAUGAGUCAACGCCACCGCCACCCCCAGCCAAGUCAGCUGCAGUUACGGCGGCCUUGCAGCGCUCAGCCCUACUGCAACAGGAACAACAGCAGCAACAGUCGCAGAUUGCGCCAGUGCCACCUGAGAAGCCACGCAAAAAGUCCAUAGACCUAAUCGAGGAUGCGGCGGCAACUAGCCUAAGUUCAACGCCCUCGUCGUGCGCCUCGCCUACCAAGCGCGGCUCCACAGACUCGGCUCUAGCUCCAAAUGUAUUUAGCAGCAACUCGCCCGCUUCAGCAUCUGCGUCUGCAUCCGGUUCGCCUGUGGCCAGCGCCUCUUCAGGUCAUGCAUCACCCGUACAUACUGAAGAUGAAAAGCAGGAGAACGAGUCCACGGAGAAGUCAGAGCUGGAGCGCUAUCACAACAGUUGUAACAACAACAUAAACUUGCCACGACGAAGGUGCAGCGAAGACGAAGGUCGAAAAUCUAUUGAUGAAACACAGCAGGAACAAAAACAUUCCAACGGGUCACCGCAGCGUGGUGCAAGCAAGCGUAGCAGCAUCAUUGUCAACAUGCCUGCUGCUGGGUUGGGACAGCGUCCUCCAAGCAUCAUUUCAACAACCGGCCAAGAGGAGAGCAUGCCUAAAAUGCAGCCGCAGGAACAUGAUCAAGUGGAGGAUUGCGAUCAGCUGCAUAUGCUCAAUUAUGUAGAUGUAGGCUAUCGGCUCAAUCCCGAUGGUAGUGAGUCCCAUGAGACUUACGCCACCGAGGCAGAUCUCUAUGACACGGCCAAGGUGAGCGACAUGCAGCGUAAGUUUCAUGGUGCCAACGGGUUUGUCCAGGAAUCGAGCACCGUGUAUGCUAUUAUCAAGCCCGAGCAGCCGCAGUUAGAGUCACAGUCGCAGGUGUUAGCAACGCAGACACGCCUGCUGCAAUCGCCCACGUCGAGUGUGGAUGGUUCGCCCUUACAUCGCAAUGCCUACAAUUCACCGCCUGUGGGCGUGGUUUCACCCAUUAGAAGACACAACAGCGGGGAACAAAAUGUUGGGUCGGGAGGGGGCAGUGGUAAGCCCACGCCACCUAUGUCGCCUGGUCACAGCAAGGGCGUUGCACCAAUUGCUUCAAUAGAUACACAUGAAGAUGAUGAGGAGAACGAGUUAUCAAUAGAGAUUUCAGAGCAUGAACAGUUGGCAGAGUCUGUGCCCGAUUUGCCGGGGCGCUGCAUGCCCGCUCAUGGCGGCCUUGAACUGAAAGACUUGGAAUAUGUGGGCACUAGCGCCGGCGAGGAGAAACAGGAUGCUUUGCAGCAUUCGAAGUGCAGCCAACUGAAUGUAGAUAUAAUCGAUGAUGUGGUCGAUGAUGUGGUGCAUGUGACCAACACAGCAACAACAAGUUCCAUUGUUAUUCCUGCUUCAGUAGCUGCUUUAUCUCCAGUUCCAGCGAUGCCACGCGACGACAGCUUGGCAGAUGCCAUGACAGCUGCUGAAGCUGAACGACUGUUGAGCUCAAGCAUUUUGGAAAACAAAAUCAGGCAACAGUCGCUGCUAUCGGACGAGCAGGCCAAGGAGGUUGAGCAGAUACUUAACGCAUCGCCCAUUGUAGGCGGGGACGUUGCUGCCGUUGUUGCAACAGCAACAUCAUCGAUCAGCAUUACGAAUCUCAUCGACGAUACAACAAUCCAGGUGCAGCAGGGUAUACGAAUCGCAGCUGUUUCAGCGCUUGUAGAGCCAGAGCGCGAGCAGGAGGAGGAGCCAGAAGAAGACGAACAGCUCCAGAUUGAAAUUGAGGUUAAAGAGGAUAUAUAUCGACAGCAGCUAGAUGAGGACUUUGACUCCGAUGACGUUGAGGCUGUGGAUAUUGUGGGAAUAGGGCACGCGCACGCGCUUAAUGCUACUUUUGUCAAGGCGGACAGCACUGAGACCGAAACAACCACAACGACAACAACACCAUCAACGGCAACAGCGACCACGACAAGGCACGACGACGACGAGCCAGAGUGGUUGCGCGAUGUGCUCGAGGCGCCUAAACGUAGUCUUGAGAAUCUGCUUAUCAACUCAGUUACGGGUCAAAGCAUAGGUGCAGCCGCAAUUCAACUUGAGAACGGCGGCUACGACAAGCAUGCCGAUUUGAACCAGACGUAUAUAACCGGUGAGUCGUUGCACGAGUCUAUAGUGUCCGUUGAAUCGACACAGUCGGAUGCAACACUCAACCAGACGACGACCAUCGACGACAGCAUCAUCUCUAGCAAGCACAACUCCACCUACUCUCUAGCCGACGUCGAGCAGGCCACCAGCUCUGUAAUCCUUAGCACUGGCCUCUUGGAGUUAGACGACAGUCAGUAUUAUAUACCAGAGUAUCCACCUGUGCGGAGCAAGGAGGUGCUUGUCGAGGCAGGCGUGCACUAUUUCGAGGAUGGCAACUUUUGGAUGGAAGUACCAGGUCUGUUAGACUUUGAUGACGACGAUUGUUCGUAUCCUCCGAUCCCUGUGCGUAAGAAUCCCAGGGUGCGCUUCAGUUCCGGGCCGAUACACGUCUACUCCACGUUCUCAGUGACAGAUUACGAUCGCCGCAAUGAAGAUGUCGAUCCGGUCGCCGCUUCGGCCGAGUAUGAGCUGGAGAAGCGUGUUGAGAAGAUGCACGUCUUCCCAGUUGAAUUAAUGAAAGGUCCAGAGGGCUUGGGUCUUAGCAUUAUUGGCAUGGGUGUUGGCGCUGAUGCAGGCCUAGAGAAAUUGGGAAUAUUUGUUAAAACAAUCACUGACAACGGCGCCGCGGCACGUGACGGGCGUAUACAAGUCAACGAUCAGAUAAUCGAGGUGGACGGUAAAAGUUUGGUGGGUGUUACCCAAGCGUAUGCAGCGUCUGUGCUGCGUAACACAUCUGGACUAGUAAAAUUUCAGAUCGGUCGCGAACGCGAUCCUGAAAACUCUGAGGUGGCUCAGCUUAUACGACUUAGUCUACAAGCAGAUCGGGAAAAGGAAGAACGCAUUAAGCGGCAACAAGAAGAGUAUUUACGUCGCACGUUAGAUUAUUCCGAGGACUCUACACAGCCAGUGUCCGCGAAUUCAAGUGUUUGCGAGGGUCCCUCAAGUCCUGUGCAAGUUGAACAUCCCAUGGAGGUGGAGGCCACACACUCGCAGGAAGUAGAGUCGCUAAAGCGAUUGCUACAGGAGCAUAAAGCGAGCGAAAUGGGUUGCCUUGUUAAGGAAGAAAUAAUACAAAAUCUGAAACGAAAGCUGGUUAAGCUAGAAACGACGGGCAAUGAGAACGAGCUGCUUAGCGAGCGCUUGCGCCAAAGUGAACGAGAGCUGGGAAACAUUAAAAAGGAGGGAGCCAAUUUGCAGAACAUGCUGCAGCAAUCGCAGGCGCAGUAUAUGGCGCUGGACAAGAAGUAUAACAAGGCCAAGCGAUUAGUUCGCGAAUAUCAGCAGCGUGAAUUGGACAUGUGUCAUCGUGAGGAAUUCUACCAACAGCUGCUGCAGGAAAAGGACACCGAGUACAAUGCGCUAGUUAAGAAGCUCAAAGAUCGCGUAAUAAACUUGGAGCACGAACUGCAGGAGACUCAGCGCAAAGGCGGCUUCCCGGUUGGGCUGCCGUACGACAGUGCUACAUUGAAGUUGACUCCCCAGAUGAUGCGCAAGACGCCUCCUAAGCCGCUAUUCCACAAACUUGAGACAGAGUUAUCCGACACAGAAAUUUCGGAUUUGUCGCCCGAUGGCGACGGCGUCAAGACGGCUACCGUCGAACGCAAGGUUCCUGUUAAGGAUGAAUUAGAUGCAGCAGUUCCGCAACACGAGCUGCUGGAUAACUCAGUUAACAAAACCAAAAUUGAACUAGCAUCCCGUGGGGGUUUAGCCAAUCGCCAGCUGCCGUCGGGUAACGUCUCUAACGGCACUACUGGCUCCAAUGGUGAUUUGCUGUCCAAUGGCAAUGCGGUGAGCAAGCACAGCAGAAGCAACAGUCGCAGCUCGGACUGCACGCUAGACGACAGUGAUGACGAGGCUGAAGUUGCCGCAGAAGAGACCGGGGUAAAUCUGACAACGACAGGUAUGUCUUCGUUGCAUGACACCAUCAGUUUGUCCAACGGUAACUCGCAUCUACUAGCCAACGUCAACAACCUGCUGCAACACCAUCCGCCAGCCUCGAACGCCAUCAUUGGCAGUGGCAUUGUGCCGUCCUCAAAUGGACAUUUGGGCACCACAACUGCCAUACUGCUGAAUUCAACAUCAUCGGCCUCAUCCAGCUCGUCCAAUCAGUCCACAGCGCGUGAAGCGCAGAUCAACCAGUUGUAUGCUCAGGUGCACAAAGAUCCCAGCAAGCACCAGCAACAGCAGCAGCAGCAGCUGCAACAACAGCAGCAACCGCAGCAGCAUCAGUUUAAGAGCUCGCUCGGCUCGCCAGCGGACAAUGGCAGCGGCUUAAAUGACUUUUAUCGCGGCAGUAUGACAACCUUUGGCAAUGUCGGUGGUGCAAACAUCAGCAGUGCCAGUAAUCGUGAUCUCAACAGUUCAUAUGACUCGAUACUCGGCUCCAACGAUAAACUCUCUGAGAACGAUCAGGCCGAGAACUGGAUGUAUCCAAGUCGACGUCGUGUAGCGCCUAAUGGCGGCAGCAAGCUUCCUGGCUCCAGUUUUACCGAGCAGCUCAGUCAAGCGUUAUCCGAUCGCGAAAGGCGCCUUGGUGACGGCUCCUCACGCCACUCUAGCGAUGACUACACGGAGAUCAACAAAAGCCAAAGUGUUGCGGCAAUCAAUUGCAAGACUCUCAUCAACGAGAUCCGCCAGGCGGUCAACGAAGCACAGCCAAAAGUUAAACAAGUUGUUCCACAAUCACUCUCUCCGCCCGGCACAGUGCCCUGGCAACAACAGCACCAUCAACAGCCACAAUCUGGCCACGCCACUGGUCCACCUUCGCCCACUAGCAUGUCAUCUGGUUGUUCUUCGCCCGGCUACUCACCCAGUCGUACCCUAGAUCUAUCUGGCUCUAGUUCUAGCUUCUCAGAUCGCAAGGCGGCCGCAGCUUGUUAUAAUUAUAAAGGUGGACCUGUACACGAGUGGACCAAAGAACAGGUGGGCCAUUGGCUCAUGGGCAUUGAGCUCGAGCGUUAUAUACCUGUGUUCAAGGAACAUAAUGUGGAGGGAGGUGCACUGUUAACACUCGACUCAAAGGACUUCAAAACGCUGGGCGUUUGUGGCGAUGAUAAGCAUCGACUAAAAAAACGCUUGAAGGAUCUGAAGGCAAGCAUCGAGAAAGAGCGCAAGGAUAUGGAGCGAGAACGUCGCGAGCGCGAAAAGGCCAUACGCAAGGCCGAGAAGAAGGCGGCCAAAAAAAAGUAGUUGAAUUUUAGUUGUUAAGCCCACAAAGUAGCCAAAAACAAAAACGUAAUUAGCCUACGUAUAUACAUAAAUAUAUACCGCAUAACAGUUACAUGGUAAUGAUAAUUAGCUUAGUGUUAAAUACCAAACAUAAUUUAUUUGUAUAACAAGUACACUUAUAUCUAUUACAUACACAUACGUACUAAAUUUUAACUUAUUGAGCAUAGUGGAGCGUAGACUUAAUUAUAAACUAUUCUUAAUAAUACAGACACAUAGAACAGACCACAGUAGCAGGAUCUGGCUUAGAAACUUGUGACACCUUACCAGACCCAAGACUCCAUCCCACACCCAACGAUUCCAAAAAUGAAGCUGACAACAAAGACAUAGACACAGAAAAUAAACUGAGAUGAGAACACGUUGGGACUGACUGAUUUUUACGAUUAAAUUCUAGAAAAAAAUAUGACGGGUUAUUUUAUGGGAAUGCAACUAAAAGCAACAAUAUAUAAUAACAAAACUACACCAACAACUGAAGUUAAAUUGAAUUGAAAAUGCGAGAAAGAAAAUGUUUAAGGAAUUAGCUGAAUAGACUUGAGGCAGCAAUCCAAGCAGCGUCUGCAAAUAACGAUAUUACAAUAAACUUACAUAUAGGCACUUAACCGUACAUUAUGAUAUUUAUCAUUAAUAAUAUGUGUAAUAUUUAAGUUAAAAUCCAAAAAUUCGGCUAUAUAUGUAAUGUCUUGUCUUUUUUAUUUUUUUAUAUGUAUAAGAAUAUUCUCUUAAUCUUAUUCUGUGCAAUUUAAAGACUUGGCCUCAUAUUGAAUAUUCCAACCAGCCUCUAUAUGUGAAAUAGUAAUUGCAUUGUGUUGCCUUUGUUUAAUUAAAGCAACCGAUUGCAAUAUCAUAUGUAUGUUAAUUGUACUGCUUGCUAAAGUAUUGUAAAGUAUGCAUAAGUAUGCCUCAAUAUCAUUUAAGUACUUAAGUAACUCCCUGAACAACAAUAUCAACAACAAGAGCAUCAUCAUCAUCAAGAACCACAACAACAACGACAACGACAUACCCGAACAACAGCAGCAAAAACACGACCAUUUCAAUUCUCUUCGGCACACAGAUAAGUCAUUUUUUCUUUUAUAUACAUACAUACAUUCAUAGUACGUUUGUGUCUGUCUACCGGUGUGAGUGUGUUUUAUAUUUAGUUUGUGUAAAUAUGUCCAAGUAUUUUAGAGUUAUUUGUAGUCUUAUUUAAAACUAUUUUUAUAUUUCUGUUGCAAUAAAACAUAUAUUAUUUAUGUUUCUUUAAGAGAAAGAUAAUUUACUAAUUAUAUUUAAUCCAGAUGUUUAGCCCCAAGAACCACUUGAACUUUGACCUAUUAGGAAAAAAACUUACCAACUAGAUCUAUUGUUUAAUUGACCAUUAGCAUAUAAUAUUUAACAACAUACGAUACAUACAUAUAUACGAAUAAUCUCUUCCCAAUUACCAAUCUCUUAUCUCACUCUUUUACUCAAUCUGUAUUUAUAUUUGACUUUUAAGACCCCGAUCGUGACCCAUGUGGCAGCUACACGCUGCCCAAAGUCGUCGACGAUCGGCAGUGCAUAUUCACCGCAUGUGCAUUAGUCACUCGUCUCGUCGCAAGUCCUUAUAAUAGCUUUUGAAAAGCUCGCCUCUAAACAGUGCCACAACAUCAACCGUUGACAAACUAAUCAAAAAACAAAAUAGAUUACCAGAAUAUAUGCUCAGACAGGUCUAAUAUAUACAUAUUCUUCUAAAUUAAAAUUUUAAUUGUUGUUCAAGUAAAAGUAUUUAAGAAAAACAAAAUUCAACGACUAGAUACUCGACUUAUCUGAGCAUGGGUUAUUUUUAAUUUUAACAAAACUUAUAUUGAGGGCAUUCAGAAGCAGUUUUUACCUGCCGCUUUCUAAAGCUUAAUACAACACUUAAGCUAUAAGAUAUGUCGGACUGAAUGCCAACUGAAUGCCAUAAAGUUGUUAUUUUUAUACAUGUUUUUCAGUUUCACAUUUAUUUUUGAGUGAUUGUUGAAAAAUUAUUCAUCACACAAAAAAAGAAAACCAAAUCAAAAGGAACUAUACAAAUUAAUCAAAUAUAUUUUGACUGUUGCCUUGAAAUUCUUAAAGAGUAAAGAUCAGUCGCAUAUAAACAAACGAAAUAUUUAACGAUCUACAAACACACACAUUCGUGCCUUUUUCAUUGCGAAAAACCGUCCCACAACUAAAAUGAAAUGAAAAACCUUGUAGCAAACAUGAGAAAAUAUUUUGAACAAAACAUUAAAACCUAACAACAAUCGAAGCUUUUACGCUUACCAUUAGUAGAUCGAUCUCUUGUUUAAUCGUGUCAGCUGUUCUUUGUGACCAGAUGCAAAAACCGAAUAUGUUGAACCAUUUUAUAUUCCGCAAUGGCCUUAAACAUUAAAAUGAAGUAUAUUACCCACUAGAAGAAUAAUUUUGCUUGUAGUUUUCGAAAAAAAAUUUUAAUAAUCGUAUCCACUUAUUUCCCAAAUUAUUGCAAAAAAGUGAAUCUGGUUUUUGGGGCUUUUGAAAUAUCUUUUUUUGUUUGGGUACAUACAUUUUUCUUUACUAUAUUUUUCUGUGUGAGAGUGAGUACGUAAUAAAAAGAGAAAGAAUUAACUCUUUGAAUAAAUUAAAUAAGCGAAACAUGCUCUUGUUGCUUUAGCAAGCAAAACAAUUAAGUACACAAAAUAUACAUACAAAAAUUCAAAGACAAUUAUUUGGCUAGUUAAUAGAUAUAAUCGUCAAAUCGGUACAAUUGAAGUCAAAAUUAAAUCUGCGCAUUAUUUAAAUAUAAAAUAAUACUGUCUCGCCAUUGAACAAUGAAUUAUACUCCAAAUAAAAAGUAAAGUUUCAAAUA